AUGAAGAUAGGAACCUACAGACUGUGUCUAUGUUAUUUGGUAUGUAAACUGAUAGCGAUAUUAGCUGAUGAUUUAACAUUCUGUUAUCUAGAAGAUGAUGGAAUUGUUUGUGGUGGUAGUGAAACGUUGCGGUUGACUAGAAUCAAUGGACACGAGGUUGGAGCCGAGAGAGUUGUCGACCCUGAUGGUAAACGGUUAACGAUGAAAACACUCAGUUUAAAUCCUUUAAUAUUAGAAAUACCAAAUUUCCUGUCGUCUGAAGAAUGUGAUCAUUUUAUAUCGGUUGCUAAGAAACAGGGGUUGGUGAACAGUUCGACUGGGGUUAAUGGUGCUCAACAACAGAUGAGAUUAUUAGAUACAGAUGGUGAUGGUGUAUUAACCAUUCACGAAAUGAGACUGACGAUAGAAAAUGGUUUCGAUGUUUACCCCGAUGAUGACGAUAUUCUACAAAUGUAUAUAGAUACAGAUUUAGAUACCAAUAGAGACGGAAAUAUAACCAAAGAUGAGAUGAAGAAUCUAUCACCGAGAGAUAUGAAAAGAUAUAUUAAAAAAUUUAUUGAGGUUAACCCGGAGAAACAUUCACGGUACAGUCAACAAGUGUGGAUGUAUCCUGAUCAAUCUACAGAUAAAACAUUUAUAGAUAUACAAAAUAGGGUAUCAGAAGUAGUAAACCUUCCUCUAGAUGUAAUCAGGCUUAGUAAUUUUCAGGUAGUAAGAUAUGGUCCUCACGGUCACUAUAAUGCCCAUUUUGACUCGGCGAGACUUAGUACGGAGGUACCAUGUUGUAGGCGAUUUGAUUCCAGACCGUGUCGUGUCUGUAGAUAUAUGACGAUAUUGUUUUAUUUAAAUGAUGUAACUGAAGGUGGUGAAACAGCUUUUGUCUUGGCCGGGAACGAUUCUUUAACUGCCGAGGAAGCUAAACUAUCACCCAAAAUUAAUUUAUAUAGAAAUUGUUCAGAAUCGGCGCUACACAUAAAACCUGAGAGAGGCAAGGUUAUCGUCUGGUAUAAUCAUUAUAUAGACCAACAGACAGGCUGGAUGGGCGAGAUGGACGACCGCACUCUACAUGGGGGUUGCCCUGUGGUCACUGGAGAAAAAUGGAUCGGAAAUUUCUGGGUGCGUGUUUUAGAUACAAAAGAAGAAGAUUUGGAAAGAAUACGAGAAAUUAACAAAAAAUUGAAUAAAAUAAAAACUGAAUUAUGA